UGAAUCAGUAAAUAUUAAUGUUCGUGCCUUUCCAUCUCCCGCGCCCCAGCCUUAGAAAUAUCAAUAAAUCAAAUAACGCUGAAAAAAUCAGUAAUUCCUCCAAUCAAUAUUCAUAACGCAUAUAAUCCGGUGGCGCGCUCCUGAAUGUAAACAUAGCCAUUUAUAUCGUAAUCGAAAAAGGAUGGUGUAAAGUGAUUAAAUAAAACCCUCUGAUCUUCCUCCCGGUUAUAAAACCGUGAAACAUCGAAGCAUUUGACAUCACAAGGAUUGAGCCCUUCAACGUCUUAUACAGCAUUUCUCUCAGGACAGAUACGUCACUAUGCUUUGGGGAACAAUCACCGUCGCGGUUGUGCUGUUGGUGAGCUGUGACAUCGCCCUCUCUCGGACGGAAACGGUCAAUAAAGAAGCGGCCUCGGCACUCUUCUCUUUGGUGGAAUCGUGCGGAGCUUACAACUGCCCCGCUGACUGGCCGAACCGAAUCCUAAGUCUAGGUCAGACGUCAUGCUACAUCUACUCACCCAAAAAGGCCUCAUGGGCCAAGGCUAAGGAAGACUGCCAGGCUCUUGGAGGACAUCUGGUCCAGUUCGACUCUGAGAGCGAGCUCGAAGUUGUCCGCAGCUUCCUGACUGCGCACUACAACUUCGCCGCCACGGGGUCGCUCUCGUGGAUGUGGACCGGUCUGAAUGACCAGGCGGAGGAAGGGACGUACCGCUGGGCCGAUGUCGAUGGUCAAGUCCUCGCCGAUAACACCAUGUGGGACCAGGACCAGCCUGACGAUGACCAUCGUUUGACCAACAUGUGGAGCGGCGAAGACUGUGUCUUGUUCAAUGGGGUCAAGAUGAAUGACGAAGUAUGUGGUGAUAGUUAUCCCUACAUCUGUGAACACAACCCAUCCACAUCACCUAACACUCCCGUAUAAAUCACGUGUGCAAAUCA